GGAGUGUGUCAUGUUGUUUGUUGCUGUGUGCGCUGGAACAUGGCUCAGCUGUCCAUCUGUGUUUUCAUGCUCUUGACGCUCGUUGUUUCUGGAACACACGUUUUCCGUGCGAGGCCGAGUUGUUACCAGCCGGUGCCAAGGAAACCCAGCUUUGGAGUGAAAACUGCAGUUCGCCCUCAUGAACUCCUGAACCUUGCUCAGCUGCCCAAGUCUUGGGAUUGGAGGAAUGUAAAUGGCGUAAACUACGCUAGUACGACUCGUAACCAGCACAUCCCUCAGUACUGUGGCUCCUGCUGGGCUCACGGCACCACUAGUGCAAUGGCUGAUCGCAUUAACAUCAAGCGUCGAGGAGCGUGGCCGUCUGCGUAUCUGUCUGUCCAACAUGUGCUUGACUGUGCCGGGUCUGGCUCCUGUCACGGCGGGGACCACGGCGGGGUGUGGGAAUAUGCGCACAAACAUGGCAUCCCAGAUGAGACCUGCAAUAACUACCAGGCCAUUGACCAGAAAUGCAAACCGUUCAACGCAUGUGGGACUUGCACAACGUUCGGGAAGUGCAACAUCGUGCGAAACUACACUCUAUGGAUGGUGGGUGACUACGGGGCCAUUAGUGGACGGGAUGACAUGAAGGCAGAAAUCUACAUGGGCGGACCGAUCAGCUGUGGAAUCAUGGCUACAGAGAAACUUGAUGCAUACACUGGGGGACUGUACUCGGAGUUCGUCGAGUCUCCUGACAUCAACCACAUUGUCACAGUGGCUGGCUGGGGAGUAGAGAACGGCACUGAAUACUGGAUUGUGCGGAACUCCUGGGGAGAGCCAUGGGGUGAGAAAGGCUGGCUCAGGAUUGUGACAAGUGGCUACAAGGGAGAAAGUGGAAGCCAGUAUAAUCUUGCCUUGGAGGAAGACUGCAUGUAUGGAGAUGUGAUUGUACCUGAUUUCUAUUAACAAAUGUAUUUAAAUAAAUCGUCCCAAUCCUAAUUUUAA